UUAUCAAAAUUAUCGGUGUUAUCAGUUCAGCUAUCGUUAGCAGAUGCUCUUGAGCAUUAUAUUCAACGUGAUUUUGUCUCGUAGUGACUUUGCAUUAAUAAACAUCAAUCAAAUCAAAGACUGUUCAUCUUAGAAUAUAUGAUAAAUGGCUGACUGUUGUAGAAAAAGUUUAACGCUGUUUUAAGCAUGAGCCAAGGUCGUCGGAUCGUUCAGGUGAAUUUGCUGUUCUUCGCCAAAUCGCGUGAGCUAGCAGGAAUAUCGCGGUAUACAAAUUUCCCUCUGCCAGUAACCAGUGGUGGUACAUCAAGUGGCCUUGAGGUGCUUGAUGGAAUUUGCCAACAGUUCCGUGAGCUCAAUGUUAUCCGUAAUUGUAUCAUAAUUGCACACAACGAAGAGUACUGCGAGAAUCUGGAAGAUCCAAUCCAUCUGCGCGACGGAGACGAAAUAGCGGUAAUUCCACCGAUUGCUGGUGGGUAA